GCAUGCGCGUCGACACACAUUACACAUAAAUCACACUUGAGCGACAUCGUUCAGUUGUGACGAUAGCUUUCAACUCCCCCCUAAAUGUUGUGAAAUUUAAUGAACAUGGACGCGCUCCCACUUGUUUGUGUCGCAAGACACUUCUAAGGAGUCGACGAUCAGUCCGCCCUUACAGGUGUAUAACUUGCUGUCUACCUGUAUAUCAUGGCGCACAGGUGUUUAACCUUGUUUACUGUGAUCGUAAUCAGCUGUAUUUAUGAAGCCGGCGGUGUUGUGGAGGUCCAGAAGUUGCCCGGAUGGAGCCCGUGGUCCGGCUGGACGUCGUGCUCGGUGACCUGUGGCUAUGGAGACUCAUUUCGUCAAGCCCACUGGUUAGACAAGGACGGGCAGCGAGUAAACGAGACGGCCAGGGAACACAUGGGCUGUUACAUUCCCAAAUCAUGUCCAGUGAACGGUAACUGGACUAUAUGGUCGGGGUGGUACUGGUGUUCCUCUGUCUGUGGUCCCGGGCGUCAGGAGAGGUAUCGCUACUGUGUCAACCCCAAACCAGCCAAUGGAGGACUCCCGUGCUCGGGGCUAGCCAAUGAGAGCAGAGCGUGUGAAGUACAGCCGUGCCCAACCAUUCCUCCCAGUUUUCGUUUAUCGGACUGUGCAGAUGAGGACUUCAUGUGUGACAGUGGGCUGCAGUGCGUUCCGGCUGCGCAAAGAUGUGAUAGAACAUUACAUUGCCAUGACGGAAGUGACGAAGUGAAAUGUCGAUAUGUCAGAAAUCAAGGUGCCAUCCUUCAUUUAUCUACAAGGAUACUUUGUCUCAUUCUAUUAAGUUAUAUUUUUGUUACAACUUAGCUAAAGUUGUUCUGUCUCAUGCUCUGAGAGAGAGAGAGAGAGAGAGAGAGAGAGAGAGAGAGAGAGAGAGAGAGAGAGAGAGAGAGAGAGAGAGAGAUGUAUCAAAUGCACUGACCAAGAUGUAUUCCGUGUAAGUGAAAUAUCUACGUACAUGUACAUUUAUUACCUAUACAUUCACAGUCUUGUAGUAUCAUCUGAAACUGUCGGUAAAAAUGACAGAAGAGCACAGCUAGCUUUGUGUAACAAACAAUUAUACAUAUGUGAGCUUUCAUUUCGGUGAAUUUAUGUUCAUAAUAAUUCACCAUAAUAUAUAUCAGUCGCUUUAUUUGUGGUACAUACGUACCAUAUAUCAUUGCGGGAGUAUAUUUAGGAUAUUUGAUAUACAUGUAUGUGAGUUGGGGUCCAUUUCCAGAAGUUGUGAGUGCGUGUAUAAUGGGUACUGCCUUCCCUGAAAAUCUUAUUUAAAAAAAUAUGCUGAAUUUGGUUGAAAACAAUAUACUUGUAUUUUCUGAAUACCGAUCAAAUGUGUGGGUGUGUGUGUCUGUCUGUACGUGUGCGCCACGAAUCUUACAUACGUAUAAUGCAUUUCAAAAUAGUUUUAGUGCAAUGCUUUAUUCUUACGUUGUUUUUUUUUUAAUUUUUAUUUUUUCCUCGAUUUUCCUGUUUUCUUAUUCGUCAUUUAUUCAUUUUUUCAAUAAUAUUUUAGUUAAAAUCAGAUGUUGUUUUAAAUAUAAUUUUGACACAAACAUUAACUGAUAAAGAAGUAAAUGCAAUUAAGGGUUGUAGUUUUAUUCUCGAUUUCAUCAGCAAUUCGAGAUUUAUUAUUUACCAUGGUGUUUAUAAGAUAUUGUUGAUAUUUUUGCUGUUUUUUUAUUUACUGUUGUUUGUCAGUAAAUAUAUAUUUGACAUUG